AUGGCGUCGGUCAAGUCUCUGGGCUUGCAUCCGCCCCUAGGAAUAGAAGGGCAUCCCGUCGAGGGCAAGCACACGUGGGAAGUCAGCACCGACGAGGAUGGCGAGGAUGAGCUUUUGACGGUCGGGAACUGUGUCAUCUGGAAGAGGGGUGGCUUGUUCCGCAAGAGCUUCAACCUCGACAUCGAGAAGGACGAACCCAUCCUCCAGGCCUUGUUGACCCGCUUCCCCACCACCGAUACCGACAACAAUGGCAACGCCUCCAACAACAAGAGCAUGGGCCACACGGGACACACGGGACACACGGCACAGGGCAAGAGAAGGAACAGCGACCAUGGCAACGGACAGGGCAGCAAGGACGAGCCCAAGCUGGCAAAGGCGCUGGUUGUGUUCCUCAAGACACAGGCACACAUCUACUUCCUGUCAGGAACGAGCCACAUCGUCCACAUGCCCUUCGAGGUCGAAUCUGCCUGCGCCGCCCCUGUCGGUGUUAUCAUCCAGCGCACACCCAAGACCCAGAACCUGGCCCCACACCAGAGCGUCACCACUUCCUUCUCAGUGGAGGGGCUGGGCCAGCCAAAAGCCCUGCCGCUUCGCCUCAACGCCACCAUGGAGAAUAUGUUCGAGACCCCGCUGGAGACGAGCGACUCGCACUGGCCGAGACUUGUCUGUCUGACAGACCCUUUGUUGGAAUUGGGUCUUGUUGUCAGCCACUCCCCAGCGUUGGGACCUGCCGACUUCCGCAGCAGUUCUGCGAAAUCACCGUUCCUUGAUUUGGCAGAGGAGAUCCUGCACAUCGAGACAGUCCGAGGCAAAUUGACACUAGCUGUGACAGCCAACCGGGAGGUCAAUUUGUACACGGUCUGGCAGUUGGCCUACAUAAAAAACGAGGAUGUCUUCACAAAGCACCAGAAGAAACGAAAGGCAAAACCUGGCCGUAGGAGAAGCUCUAUGCAGCCCAGACUUAGCAGCGAGGCCACAACACCCAUCCUGCCAUCUUUUCGAGAGAGCUUGGGAGCCCAGGCCCAGGCGCCCGCCAAGAGGAAUCGGAAGAGCGAGAGGCUGGAGAAGGCCAAGCAAGAUGACAUCGCCCUGGCGCUUGGCGAGGAGAAUGAGGGAGACAAAAUAAGAAGGCAGUCCCGUAGAGUCAGCUCUCUGCUAGCUAGGGCAGAUCUGUCGGCUUCUCACGAGAGGGCCACAUUUGCUGAGCAGGCCAUCCCUUCGUCCCACGCUGAGAGCCGUCGCAUGACCGGGGCACGCGCCCGCCAGAGCGGCGGCCCAGGCCCCCUAAACCUGAGCACGACACACAGCAUGCACAAUUUAAGCCAUUUUCUUGAGACACCCAUAUCCGACGACCUCCUAGAUGAACUGGGAGGCUUUCAUGAUAUGGGGCUCGACGACCAUAGCUUCGACGGGCUCACCCGCGAAAUUCUAUUCACCAAGGUCCAUAGCGUAGCCAUGGACAAUUCUAAUGUCCGCUACUCACUCUCAAAUCAGCCUGCUCGCGCCCAAUCAAAGGUUUUUAUCGUUGAUGGGCCGCCUUUUGCAACUGACGAAACUGGGAAGCGGGACUUGCUUAUAUGUAUACAAGAUGCGCUGGAUAAGCGACUGCAACUCCUGCCGCUCCGCAUCGAGUGCCAACCAAGGCCCGAAAUGUCAACGCGCGAUGGCGCAGGGGUGAACGGAGACCUUGUGAUAUCCAAGAUCACCCCGGAUGUGUUACGGCGGGCUCACAAUGUAGCUGACUCCUGCAAGGUUUUUGAUGGAGAUCAGGCUAUGAUCCUGAUAUUGUCAGAGAACACAGCGGGUCAAAAAGAACUGAGUAUUCAGGCGCCAUGGAGCGCAAUGUCGACAUUAGCCCUGCCCAUUCUGUAUGCUGACAACCUGGGAAGCUUGGAGUACGUCGGGACACAUGUCAAUAGGGAGGUCAAAGGUCGCCGUUCCGUUGGUGCCAAGCUGUCUGCCACCGAUAUCACCAAGAUUCGGCAUUCUAGAACAUCCGGGGUGGUUGACCUCGAAGACUCCAGUGGCAAAACCCAUCGCAUUCAGAUCCAGCUUCAACCGAGGAGCCCGCAAGCACGCAACGCGCUUCAAGUGUGCCAGAGCGUGUUACCAGUCGAAUUCUCCGAAAAGCUGCUGGCUGGCUGGUGGCAGAUUGUGAAAUGGACUGAGGAUCAGAACAUUGAAACAUCGGACUUGGAAUGGUCGUCCCUGGUUAUCGAAAUUCUGAGCUUGUUCCUGUCGCUCUCUCCGGACCUGAGCAUUACGACUUCGCGGUCAACGCCUCGCCGACGAAGGUCUGUUGAUCCAUCUGCGGGGACGUGGGAGAAAAUGACCACAAUCGCAGCCCCCAAUGCUUCGGCCUGCCCGCCGUGGAUGCAGUCUCACGCAUGGCGCUGGAUGCUCGAAACGGAGACUUCAAAAACCAUACCAGCGCAGUCAGGCGUGGGCAACGAGGACUUCUUAACCAGUCACAUUCGCCUUGCGAAACUUUUCAUGUCUUCCGGUCCAGGUCAGGCUGCCUUCGGAUCCGCCGGUUAUCUUCCGACAGCCCCCAGCCAAGGUCUUGAGGACCGUGGCAGGGCUGCGUGGGGAAUCGCGUACGGCCUGCAUCUGUUGCUCGAAGAACAAAAGCUGGACGUCAUGGUUCCAGAGUACUCCUCGCUCGGCCGGGCAAGUGUACGGGCACUCCUAUGUCAAAUAUGCAGCUGGCUGGGAUGGCACGACUUCGUGGCUCUGCAUCAGUUGGGUGUGCAGGUCGACAUCAAUCCUAACAAUCACCAGGAUCUGUCAGCUCUGGGUCUGCCAGGCCCACCACGCCCAGUUGGAGUUUAUGACUGGAUCCAAGCACAACUGGCAGGCGAUAAGAGCGUUGUAUUUCCAACUCUAGCCGAUGUCUACAGUGCUGUCACAGUCAGGAGCGUCAGCACGGAAAAUGCAUACCACAGAUGGUCUUCGGUCAUGCCGCGCACAUUCAUGCUCAAAAAGUUCCUGGCCUCGUUCUCGCCUUCGACGUCACAUGUCGAGGUCGUGGAGCUUAUGCACAGAUGCGGUUUCACUGCCGACGUGCUUGAAACGCUCCCCGAAGCCGUGCUGACCCCACUGAAGGAUGCUAUUUCCAUGUGCCAGGCAAGACCACCUUCUACUUGGUCGAAGGAGCUAUUAGCACUUGUACACCGAUCCGACAUUGCCACGGUCCUCAAGCGGCACCACCCACAGCAGGCCUCGACUGCAAACGCGGCGCCUCAAUCCCACAAUGCUACAAUGGACUACAAGGCGAUCUGUGCGACGGUCGAACGAUCCGCCGGAUACGGCCAUUUGCCCAACGAGUCCGCCGACCGCCAGGCAAUUAUACACGCAUUAUUCCGAGAAGAUCGACGCCUCAUUGAGGCUGAGAAUAUGUUAUCCACCAGGCAUCAUAGAGUUAUUCAGUGCAUUUCUGAGCCCGGUUGGAGUGAGUCGGAGUAUUUGGAGAAGCAAAAGGAACAAGUCACCGUUAUCGCCACCAGCACUCUCGCCAUACCCGCUGGCCGUGGCCUCAUGCAAUUUGGCUUGCGAUUUCCCCUUCCGACCGAGAAGUACGAUGUCAUGGGCUUCAACCUUACUUGCCUGGUCAAGCCAACCAACAUCCUUGUCAAUGCGGACAAGUCCCUAUUCGUGGAGGAGAAGGUCAACUGGGCCUUCUUCCACCAAGGUGCCGCCGCUGGACUCCAGGUCUCACCUCAAGCCAAGGGGAUUGACAACAAUUGGAUUAUAUAUAACAAGCCCAGUGGCGAGCCCAGCAACCGACAUGCCGGGUUCCUGCUUGCACUCGGGUUGAACGGCCACCUGAGAUCUAUGGUCAAAUGGGUAGCCUUCAAGUAUCUGACCACAAAGCACACAAUGACAUCCAUCGGCUUGUUAUUGGGACUUGCUGCUUCUUUCAUGGGCACCAUGGACAACCUAAUCACCAGAGUCCUGACCGUUCACGUCACACGCCUGCUGCCACCAGGAGCUGCCGAGCUCAAUCUCUCCCACCUUACGCAGACGGCAGGACUCAUGGGUAUUGGCUUGGUGUACUGCCAGAGCCAGCACCGCCGCAUGAGCGAGAUCAUGAUGUCGGAGAUAGAGCACGAGGCUGACGAAGACGAAGAAGAUCCACUCCGGAACGAGGGAUACCGUCUCGCGGCGGGCUUCGCACUGGGGCUGAUCAAUCUGGGCAAAGGCACAGAUCUCAGAGGGCUGCACGACAUGCGCUUGACUGAGAAGCUGCUCACCUUGGCGUCAACAAGCAAGAAGGUCGAACUAGUCAACGUCCUUGACCGCUCUGCUCCUGGUGCUGUUGUCGCGAUAACCCUGAUCUUCAUGAAGUCUGAGGAUCACAUUGUCGCACGCAAGGUCGACGUUCCUGAUUCUGUGCUGCAGUUCACCUAUGUCCGCCCCGAUGUGCUGCUUCUACGCACCUUGGCCAAGAACCUCAUCAUGUGGAGUCAGGUCGAGCCCACUGUGGAAUGGAUCAGGUCCAGUCUGCCCAAGGAAUACAGAUGGCGUCACAUGCUACAGGGCCCUCGGUCACUGCGUAGCAAAGACAUGCCCUUUUACUCCAUCUUGGCCGGUCUACUGUUCUCACUGGGGCUGCGCUUCACCGGCUCCGGCAACACUCAAGUACGCGACUUGCUGGUCAAGUACCUGGACAAGUUUAGAGACUUGGCAAAGCAGCCAGCCGAGUGUUACGAUGCCCAACUGGCGCGAAACAAUGUCCAGAUGUGCCAGGACGUCGUUGCGUUGUCUGCCGCGUCCGUCAUGGCCGGUACGGGUGACCUCGAAGUUCUCAGGAGGCUGCGUUCACUACACGGCCGUGACGACCCGCAAACCUCGUAUGGGAGCCAUCUAGCUGCACACUUAGCGAUCGGCGCGUUGUUCUUAGGAAGUGGCACCGUCACCUUCAGCACCAGCAACCUGGCCAUUGCAUCCCUGCUCAUUGCCUUCUACCCCUUGUUCCCUUCAGGAAUCCAAGACAACAGGGCUCACCUGCAGGCCUUCCGACACUUUUGGGUUUUCGCAGCAGAUUCACGGUGUCUCGUCUCCAAAGACAUGUCCACAAACGAGCCUGUCAGUGUGCUGGUCAUCAUCAAACUCAAGACGCCUGUCCGUCCGACAGGCAAACAGGAAUCUCCAUCGAAAACAAGACGCCAGGUUCGACACGCCUUAGCCAAACAAAAACAGCAACCGGUCAUCAUCCAAAAACACACACCAUGUCUACUACCACCCCUCGAGGAGAUCUCAUCCGUCCGGACCGACGCCACGGCCCAGGGAUACUGGGACCUGGAGCUCGACUUUGAGCACAAGCCAGAGCUGGCAGCCGAGUUCCGGACGAACCAGUGCCUGCACCUGCGGCAGAGGCCACUGCACGAGAGCGUCUUCGGCGCAACUCUGCGAGCCCUGGGACGCGAUAGUCUCGUGGCUGAUAACGACACAGCUGCCUCUUCCGCCGGGACAACCUCAUUGUCGGGUGCAGGCAGAGACCCGCUCGAGUGGGUAUUCAACCGGCCCGCGCUUUCCGGCCUCACCCACGCCGAAAGGGCGACGGUGCUCGACCGGCGGGGCGGCGAGGGCGGGAGCGAGGAGGCGGCCACGACGGAGGUGGACGCGCGCCUGGCACUGGAGAGUGAGCUGGACGGGUGGAGCCGGGAGAACCUCGAGGGCCUGCGGCUUUUGUUCGAGUGGUCCGAGGUGAGGGGUGUGUCCGGGGUGGAUAAGCAGACGGCUGCGAAAGGCAAAGAGAAGGAGCCUACGGAUGCUGCUUUUGGUGAUGAUGGUGCUGAGGGCGGAGGCUGGUGGUUGCGGGAUAGUGUCAUCGAGAUGUUGAAGGGGAAGGCGUGGCUUGCUGCCUGUGAGGAGGGUGAGUGA